AUGUCUCCAGAGGCCUCCAGCAACAUUCGAGUCUUUAUCCGCUGGCACGACCAGACCGUCUUCGCUGGCGAGGAGAUCAAAUGCACCAUCACCUUCAAGAACAUUGCUCGCGAUCCGAAUCAGCAACGGCAGUCCCAACGACUCGCACCUGUAGACCGACCGAGGCAUGUCUCGCCCUUACUAAGAGGCAAGUCCAGCGCUGGCUUGACCCCGCCGAACUCAGCUCAAACCCGCGGUCACCGGUCUGCUCUAUCCCUCAAUGUACCAGUCGCUCAAUCGCGAAGCCGCGCCGGUUCAGUGCCAUGGACACCAUCGCAUCCUCCCAGUGCCCUUGAGCACCGUGGCAACGGCCAUCAGAAGUCUGUCUCCAUUGUGUCAAUUGGUUCCACAAGCACCGUACCCGACGACAAUCAGAGCAACGCUAGCUCCGUAAAGGCGCAUCGGCCUGGUCGCGGUCAUGCUCGGGCAUCCAGUCUACAGAUUGUGCCUCGGGGAGCUGCUCUGGGGCUCGGUCUCACAGCGCCUCACUCUGGUCACAUCGCCGAGGCACAUAAGCUCACCUUUGUUCAACUCGACAUCCGCUUCCGACACACCCCCAUCCAACUCGCGAUCCUCGACUGCACCGAAUACCCCUGGCGUGGCAGGUUCACAACGUCCCAUGAGAUCGCCUUCCAACGCGCUGGCCGACUUUCGGUUUCCAAUGAUCCAGUCGCCACUGUCGGACACGCAAAGCACACCGGUAGCGUCACACCACGAUGGACUAUUAAGUCCAAACACUGA